AUGGAUUCCCAAUCGCCUCCUUCGCCGUCUAAUAUACGAACGUACACGGCGCCGUAUGUCCCUGUCUCAACAGGGACGACCAGCGGGACCGCGACGUCAAAGGUGUCGCGAACAUACGAGUCUGCAGCAUCAACGCCGCUGGAGAGCCAGCAGGAGCUGCGACAGAAACUGCCCUACCGGUCGGCAGCGGAGCCGCCAUCGCAUCAGCAGCAGCAGCAGCAGCAGCAACAGCAGUAUGCAACACUGCCGUAUUCGACGCAGCCGUUGGCGCAGCUCCCACCGCAGCCGACACAUUCGACGUCUGGAUCGGUGGUCGGGGGAGUUGGAGGGAUGAAAGGAGCGUCGCUGCGGGCGCCGAUGAUGACGCAGUCGCCGGGGCCGAUGAACACGACGGCGUUGACAGCGAGCACGACGAACAUGCAGCUGGCUCGCUCGCGGGCAGAGGCAGCCGUGGACCGGCUGGCAGACUUGCAGCAGCAGUACCGCCAGCACCUUCAGUACGGCGCAGGAGCGGCCAACGUGCCGGGAACGACGGCGGCAGCAGUGCGAGCCGAGCUGCGGGCACAAACGGGCGUGGCGCUGGCUCAGCUGCGUGACGUGCGCAAAUCGGUGGCGAUGGCAGCGAAGGAAGCCGAGAACCACCGGUUCCGACGCUGGCUCGUGGGCGGCUUCCUGGCGACGUUCAUCCCGCUGGUUCGGCGGCUGUUCCGGCGACGGUCAUCGGGCUCAAGGCACGCGCGCCCGUCUUCGUCGUCGUCGACGGCCGUCUUUGCGUCCAACAGCACCGAGUACGCGUUUGCGCGCAGCCGUGAGCUGGUCGACCGCUUGCUCAAGUCCGAGCGAGGCGGCGUGAGCCGGCUGGCGUCGAUGGCCUUUUUCGUCUUUGCCGUGCUGUACGUCUUCAGCAACGAGGUGACGCUGCGGGUGGCCCGUACCGUUGCCCGUCGACUCAAGAAAUUGAGCAUCAAGAUGGAGCGCGGCGACGAGCCGCUAAACGACGGCGACCUCGAGCAGCUGACUGGCUGGAGGUGGCGGGUUUUGCUCUGGGGGAAGAAGUGA